UUCGUCAUUACUUCGGAAUGCUUCGGUUUUUCGAUACCAGACUUCUUUGCGUACAUAGCAGAAACAAACAUGGCGUCCUCCAGGUUGAGUAAAUUCUGGUGUUCAACCUCAAAUUCAGUCUGUAAUGCCGUCAGUACUUUACGUAAAGUUACCAGUGUACCAAGCCGAUUUUACUCAUCAGAGAUACAAAAGGUAACGCUUAUCCCUGGAGAUGGUAUAGGACCAGAAAUCUCUGAUGCUGUGAAAACUGUGUUUGCUGCUGCAAAGGUUCCCAUUGAAUGGGAAGAAGUCACAGUCACCCCAAUACUUCUCCCUGAUGGGAAGACUACAAUUCCAACAGUGGCAAUCAACUCUAUGAAUAAGAACAAGAUUGGUCUUAAAGGGCCAUUGGAGACAAAGAUUGGUAAAGGACAUGUGUCCAUGAAUCUUACUCUCAGAAAAACAUUCAGCCUGUAUGCCAAUGUUCGACCAUGCAGAUCUAUAGAGGGUUAUCCUACAGCAUAUGAUGAUGUUGAUCUAGUGACCAUUAGAGAAAAUACAGAGGGAGAAUAUAGUGGUAUAGAACAUGUGGUUGUUGAUGGUGUAGUACAGAGUAUCAAGCUGAUCACAAGAGAGGCUUCCCAAAGAGUUGCAGACUUUGCAUUCCAAUAUGCAAAAGCAAAUAACAGACACACUGUGACUGCUGUACAUAAGGCAAAUAUCAUGCGACGUUCUGAUGGUCUUUUUCUGCAAUGCUGUCGAGAGGCUGCUGAGAAAAAUAAAGAUAUCAGAUACAAUGAGAUGUAUCUAGACACCACUUGUCUCAAUAUUGUUUCAGAUCCAUCAAGUUUUGAUGUCAUGGUAAUGCCCAACUUAUAUGGAGACAUUUUAAGUGAUUUGUGUGCUGGCUUGAUUGGUGGCCUAGGUGUAACACCUAGCGGGAACAUUGGCGCUGAUGGAGUGGCCAUAUUUGAAUCAGUUCAUGGUACAGCUCCUGAUAUCGCAGGUCAGGACAAAGCAAACCCCACAGCACUCCUCCUCAGUGCUGUGAUGAUGCUUAGACACAUGAAAUUACACUCACAUGCAGACGAUGUGGAGAGAGCUGUGCUUGCAACUAUCAGGGAUGGAAAUGCACUGACAGGAGAUUUGGGUGGAAGAAGCACUUGCUCUGAAUUCACCAAGGAGAUCUGCCGCCAUCUUGAGUAGUGUAGUUCUCAAAUGUUUAGUUCUUCCAGCUGGUUUUGGAGUUCUUUUCAGUAACUGAUCAUUGUGGUUGUGCCAUUUUGGCAGAAGGUUGGAGAAGAUAUCAAAUUUAUAGGUCGAUGGUGCAGCUGAAAAAGUGAUUUCUGAUUAUUUUUCUUGCACAGUAUGGUCAAUGUUUUAACGCUCUUCUGUUCACUUAGCUUUCUCUGCUUCCUCAAAACUGUAAGAAUUUUUUUCCGAGAAUUAUCCUUAAAACCGUGGCUAUUCGAUUUUUUGUUGUUUCAGUCUCUGUUUGGGGUUGAUGAUUGAUUAAGAGGAUUUUUCUGAAGUAAUUCUCGGAAAACGAUAUCUGUGAUCUUCUUGAAGAAGGCUUUGGACAGCCCAAAUUUCUUUGAUAGGUAAAAGUGAGAUGUACAUUUUGGAAACGAGACGAUUUGGCUGUUGAAUACAUCUUAAGCUCGUUACCUUUAUGGAAACUAUUGCUGUAACAGAUUAUAAAAAGUUAUAUAUGAGAUUAAAGCAAUUCAGUAAAAAUAAA